CCAAUCAGUUACGAUUUCAUGGCGCAGCUAACACUGUGUACACAUCAAUGCAGCUGCAAACUGCACAACAUCACUGCAGACGAACGGCAUGGCCCGGGAAAAUACUGGAGGACUUUUGGACUCGGUGAAGAAAGCAACUUUUGUCAUCGGAUCGGGACUUUUCUUCCUGGUCGCGUUUAGGAACUCAGUAACAUGGCAUCUGCAGAGGUUUUGGGGAGCAUCUGGUGAUUUUUGGCAGACACAGUGGAUGAAGCUUCAAGUGAUCUUCAGUGGAAAUGAGCCUGCCUUAUUUUUUAUCGGGACCAUGCUGGUACCAACACUCUCUUUCUGGUUGUUGAAUGUCCUUCUGAUGGUGGUGGACUCAACAGGAAAACCCAGCUUCAUUACACAAUACAGGAUCCAGAUGGACAAAAACAGCCCGGUGGAUCCGGCACGUCUGCAUCAUGCGGUGAAGACAGUGAUGUUUAACCAGGUGUUUCUCUCAGGUCCUCUGGUUGGUCUCACCUACAUGGUGAUGAAGUGGCGUGGAGAGCCGUGCACUCCGGAGCUGCCCACCUUCCACUGGGUUCUGCUGGAACUAGCCUUCUGUGGGCUGAUGGAGGAGAUACUCUUCUACUACACACACAGGCUUGUUCAUCAUCCAUCACUGUACAAGAAAAUCCACAAGAUCCAUCACGAGUGGACUGCUCCUAUUGGAGUUGUGUCUCUGUACGCACACCCGGUGGAGCAUGUGUUGUCCAACAUGCUGCCAGCUCUGAUUGGUCCAGUUCUGCUUGGGUCACAUCUGGCCACGACUAGCCUGUGGUUCACCAUCGCUCUACUGGUCACAACCAUCUCACACUGCGGUUAUCACCUGCCUCUGCUGCCCUCGCCCGAGUUCCAUGAUUUCCACCACCUCAAGUUCAACCAGUGUUAUGGCGUAUUGGGGGUGCUCGACAGACUUCAUGGGACAGACAACAAGUUUCGUCAUUCAAAGGCAUACGAGCGACACACUGUACUGCUGAGUCUCACUCCGCUCAGUGAAAGCAUUCCUGAUGACACCAAGAAAUCUGAUUAACUGCAUAACACAAUCCACAUAACAGUAACCUUUAUAUGUGUGUACUAGUGUUUCUCCAUUCACAAAUCAUCAGUGUGGAAAACCUUUUAAUGUCUGUCAGGACAGAACAGAUUUAUCUCUCUUAACUUUGUCCAGAGCAUUCGUGCUCAUUCUGCAUUGUCAUCUUGUGAGUGCAGAGUUCAAACUCUGUUUGAUGCCCUCCGGUGACCUGCUGUCAUUUUACUGCUGAUAUUCUGAUGUGUCAGCACUCUCAUGUUGUAUCAGAAUGGUAGAGAGUAAUAAAGUUUGAACUUUAUUAUAAAGUUGAUAAUAAUGAUUUUUUUUAUUGCUAAUAUGUGUGAUGAUAGAUGAUACCAUUUUAAUUAAAAUCUAGUAAUGAUUAUUGGAAAUGUAUAAUCUUUCUAAAUACUUCUGCUGGAUCUCUGGAUGAUCUGAUAUAGGUA